AUGCAUGUAGCCACGGAUCUAGUCGAUUUGUGGAGCACACACCGGAAGGACAUCUACAGGAUGCCAGAGUUGUUUGAACCCGAGGGAAGCAAGGCGCACAGGCCGCCGCCUUUCGAAGAAUGUCGAGACGUGCUAGGAUUCUGCACUGUGUGCUUGACUGACUACGUCACCACAAUCGAGCGUGCCAAGGUGCGCGAGAUCACCCGAUCCGAAACUUCCAAAUACAGAGUUUCUGUUGGGCUGCCGCUUGACGGUUGGUCUAUCACGAUUACUGCUUAUCACCAGCUAGGACGUUGUCGCGACCCAGAGGAUUGGAAAUGGGUAACUCUCUUGGAAUCCCCACUCGACCGGAUACUCUCCAAGAGCCCAGCCAAGCGGAAUUUGGCCAUUUAUCCUCCUGGUAUAAUAAGAGAGAAAUGGCAAACUGUGGAAUCAUCAGUCAAGGAGUUAGAGCACCACAAUGAAAUCCGGGCGAACACACUAGCGUUUCAUAGUAACACAUGGCGGCAGGCGAAUACUGUUGUUAGUAGUAGAAAUUCCUAUUCCUUUGAGGCGAUUUUUUAA